CCCCCUUCCGCGCACAUGCCUGGGGCCAUGAUUUGCGACCUCCCCUCUUGAACGCCCCCGGAAGUUUCCCCAGUAUGGCUCAAGCCGCGGUUCCUUGUCCUCACGGAUGCUGGGCCUCGGCCGAGGGUCUCGAGAAGGCGCUAUUUCCAUCGAAGUGUCGAUCAAGAAUUGCGGUGGGACAAAACAAUGGAGCGCAGCACUGCGGCUGCUCCACGAAGGACUUCGAUUAGGUGUGCAACUCGUCCCAAGCCAUUACAUUGCGACUGCCAGCGCAUGCAGGGAAGGCGGACAAUGGCAGCACGCGCUGUCAGUGCUCAGUGAGAUGUGGAAGGCGAAGCUGGAGCCCAACUCGGCUACAAUGUUGGGAUCAGCGCAUGCGAGAAGGGCGAGCAGUGGCAGCGAGCGCUGGCGCUGCUGAGCGAGAUGCGGGAGGCGAAGUUGGAGCCCGACGUCAUCCCAGAGGGAAGAUGUCGUGGACGGAGUCCACGGGUCAGCCCUAGUCACCUACAGCGCUGGGAUCAGCGCGUGCGAGAAGGGCGAGGUAUGGCAGCCGGCGCUGGUGCUGCUGAGCGAGAUGCGGGAGGCGAAGCUGGAGCCUAACGUCA